GGCCUAAAAUAUACGUUAGCAGUCACCGUGAAGCCGUGAACAUACAGUAGAACGGCAUAAACGACUUCUUUUUAACAAUGAAGGAAGAAUGUACUUGGUUUCUAUGGCUUUAUUGCCUGUGUUUUACAUCAGCAUAUUGGACACCAUCGUAUACAACAGCAGGAAGUCAACCUCAAACAAUAGAACGAUUCAUUUGCGGUAAUGGAUCACACGUAUUCACAUCUCCUGGAUACCCAAGUGGAUAUGGUAACAACAUGGACAUCAAUUGGACGUUCAGUACCCAUCCUGGAAACUUGCUCUCUAUUGAAUUCAACGAUUUUGAUCUCGAAGACUUUGAAGAUUAUGUUUUUAUUAGCAGUGACGGAGACAAAAUUGGGGGUUACACUGGUUCCCGAUUGCCGCCAACAACGGUGUCGACAAACAACACACUGACUGUUGUCUUCAAAAGUGAUCACAGUGUAUCAGGCAGAGGAUUUCAAGCUGAAAUAUUCGUCUUUUCAGAAUUCUCAGAUGAAAUUAUUUGUUCUGACUUUAAUGAUGGAUGGUGUGGAUGGUUUCACUACAGUAGUUAUAGUUAUUGGCGUCGUUCUUCUGAGAGAAUCUCUGGUGCUGAUCGAGGCAAUCGCUACUCUUCAUCAGAAACACUUCCAACGUUCCCAAAACCUGAUAUAGAAUCUAAAACUGAUGUUGUAUGUAGUGAUUCGUAUAUGACCGUUUAUUUGGAUUCUUCAAUUAAUAUCACCGGUAGUGUGCACUUCCUUGAUGCAACAUGUACUGCUGCUGGAUACGUUUAUCGUAAUGGCAUUCGAUGUAUUUAUCUUUACACUCGAUUUGAUCAAUGCCGAACCUCAAUGACGUCAACGUUGACUUCAACAAUUUACCACAAUCAAGUAAUCGCAUCCGAAAACGGAGUGAUUUCUCGAGCAGACGAUUUUCGCAUUUCCGUUGAGUGUGAGCUUGACAAUAGAGGGCGAUCAUCUGUUAGUUUCAAUCCAGAGACCGAAGAACAAAAUUUUUUAAAUAGACAAAAUGGAAAUUUUGCGUUUACGAUGGAGCUGUACACGAGUGACGAUUACUCAACUCCCUAUUCAUAUUUGGACUACCCUGUUGAAUUAAGCCUUGACAGUAAUGUAUACGUUGGUGCGAGCGUGCAGACUUUCAGCAACGAUAUGGUUCUUUUUGUGGAUUCUUGUAAGGCGACACCUAAUCCAGACCCAGAUGCUCAUCCACAGUAUCGAAUAAUCGAAAACAG